CGAUCUGAGGUAGACAGUCCAACACAGAUUCAAUUUAUUCCGUUGCUUUCGCUGUUAAUUCAUCCGUCGUUACAGGUAGCUGGACCGAGAUGGGCACCGACUUGGCUUUCUCUUCUCGUCGGUCUCCCGUGGUGUGUUUGCACGGCUGCGUGGCGUCCAGUCAGCCGUUAGCUUCGGAUGUUGGACUGAAUGUCCUAAAACGUGGUGGCAACGCUGCAGAUGCCGCUGUGGCCAUAGCCGCAGCUCUCGCAGUAACUGAGCCGUGCAGCACUGGCCCUGGUGGUGAUGCCUUCUGUUUGUUCUACAAUGGAAACACUGGACAGAUCACAGGGAUUAAUGGCAGUGGUCGUUCACCACAAGCCCAAACUCUGAACCUCCUGGAAGGACGUGGUUACACUGCAGAGACGCCUCCUUCAGCUUUUGAUGCUUUGAACGUCACAGUUCCAGGGGCCCCCGCAUGCUGGUGUGAUACCGUGCAGUGGUUUGGAAGCAAAAAGUUGUCCCUGCAAGACGUCCUGAGUGGAGCAGUGGAGCUGGCAGAGGCGGGGUUUCCUGUUGCAGAGGUGACAGCUCAUCACUGGGCUAAUUGGGAGGCUGCGCUCCGUGCUGCUGGGAAGGAACUAGGUGGAGACUUGCUGAUUGGUGGUCAUGUGCCCAAACCUGGACAAGUAUUCAAAAAUGGGGCACUUGCUCAAACCUUGAAGGAGCUGGGUGAACACGGCAAACCAGGUUUCUACAAGGGCAGAGUGGCCCAAGCCAUCGUCAACAUUAUCAACCAAAAUGGAGGGGUCAUGACUUUAAAUGACCUCAGCCGCCAUGACAGCGAGGUUGUUACCCCCAUUAGUACGGAGUACAAGGGUGUGCGCCUGUGGGAACUCCCUCCAAACAGUCAAGGCCCGGCAGCUUUGCUGUUGCUCAACAUCUUGGAGAAUUUUCCUCAACUAAAAGCUGUAGGUCAUAAUAAGGCUGAUUACAUCCAUGUAUUUGUGGAAGCUGUGCGGUUGGUGCUGGUAGAUGUUUUGCAUCACCUGGGCGACCCAGCCCAUGUGACAGUCCCUUUGGAAACCUUACUGGACAAGAGCUAUAGCCACCAGCGAGCACGGCAAAUCAACAUGGACAGGGCUAACGAGCAAAUGGAGCCUGGCCUGAUGACAGGAAGUGACACAGUGUACUUCUGUGUGAUAGACAGUCAGGGAAACGCUUGUUCAUUUGUGAACAGCACCUUUAUGGGCUUUGGGACUGGUCUGGUGCCGAAGGCCUGUGGAUUCUCACUGCAGAAUCGCGGUGCCAGCUUUUCGCUGCGUCCUGACCACGCUAACUGCGUGGCUGGUGGGAAGAGGCCCUUUCACACCAUAAUUCCUGCACUCCUAACUGACUGUGCGACCAACUUGCAAAGGCCACAACUGCUGGCUGCGCUCGGGGUGAUGGGGGCUGUCAUGCAACCCCAAGGACAAAUCCAGGUGCUGUUGAACAUGUUGGAGUUUGGGAUGAAUCCCCAACAAGCUCUGGAUGUACCACGAGUCUUUGUGCAGUAUGAAAACAAAACAGAUCAGUGGUUGGUUAAUUUGGAAGAGGGGAUCGAUGAGGAGGUCGCCAAGGAGCUGAGAAGACGGGGCCACAACGUCAACUGGCCGGUCACAGGCCACCAGAGGUCUCUGUUUGGGCGGGGUCAAAUCAUCACAGUGGGUGAUUGGUGGAAUCCGUCUGCGACUCAAGCAGAUGCUCCAUCCAGAGUGCUGUGGGCGGGUUCUGACCCCAGAGCAGACGGCUGCGCUCUGGGAUACUAGUCACACAAUGAUCAGACAAAUAAACACUGAACCUUUUUAGGAUAAUAUUCUUCAAAUAGUUCUUAUUUUAGAUUUGAUGUUUUAUAUUUUUUCUAAUUAAGCUUUAUAAAACAUCCAUAUUAUUUUAGAGUGGAUAUUUGGGAAAGGACUGUGUUUUAGCAGUGAACUUUCACCUUCAUGGGGUGCCUUAUUUCUUUGUUAUAUGUUAAGAGGUCACAUGCAUAAAACUUACUGGA